AUGAAUAACCUUCCAAAACAAAAAUUACCUAAAAAUUGUUUAUUAGAAGUACAUAAUGGUCCAAUUAUUACUCUAUAUCGUAAUGAUGAAUGGGUUUUUGGGUUUAAAAAUGAAUUUAUCACAAUGCAUAUGCAAGAUCUUAAACCAUUUAUUGAAAAAGCUGAUCAAUAUGCAGUUGAAAAUAUUAGAAUUAUAGAUUUUAUUAAUCCAGAAGAACCAGCAGAACCAUCAAAUUUCUCUAUUUCACUUUCUGUUAAGAAAUUAAUUCUUCAAGACCUUAAUUGCCCAAUUAUUGAACUUCCAAAUUCAUUAGAAGAAUUAACUAUUACAAAUUGUUCUGUUACUUCUCUUCAAUUAAACCAAAGUAAUUUAAAAAAAGUAAUUAUUGAACAAUGUGCCGAUCUAAAAACAUUAAUUAUAACUUCCCCAAUUAUUGAAUGUGAAGCAGUUUAUCUUAAAUCAUUACAAACUUUACAACUCCCUAAUUCUCUUUAUUCAUUAAAAUUAAAUAAUUCUUCUCUACCAAUUAAAUCUUUUCCACCUAAUCUUCAAUAUCUUUCUCUUCCUUCUAUUAAACAAUUAACUCAAUUAGAAUUUCCUCAACAUUUAAAAGAGUUAAACAUUAAUUCUUGUUUUAUUGUUGAUCUUCCUGAAUUAAAUGUUAAUUCUAUUAUAUUUUUUCAAUGUACUUUUGCAAAGAAAAUAUUUGUUAAAGCUAAUUCUAUUACAUUAAAUGGAUGUUAUUUUGUUUCAAAUUUAGAUAUUGACUGUGAUUCAAUUUUUAUUACUGGAUGUACUACUUCUACUUCUUCUCAGGUUGAUACUCUAAUUGAAUACAAUACAAACAAUGCAAAAGUUGUUCAUAUUUCAUCAUUUAAUGGAAUAAAUAAAUUAAUAGCACACUCAUGUAAAGAAUUAAAAUUGGUAAAUAACUCUCAAUUAUCAGAAGUUGAUGCUGAAUGUGUUACUUCUUUACAACUCAUUCAUACUAAUAUCACUAAAACAACAAUAAAUAAUUUAGAGUCAUUUGAUAUUGAUAAUAAUUCUUAUCUUCCUCAAUUUUAUAAAAAAGGAAGCGGAUCUUUACGUUUAGAAAAAUGUAAAUUUGAUUGUAAUUCACAAAUUCUUAACUCAAUGAUAGAUAUUUCAUUAAAUGAAGUUGAUGUAGAAAGUAUUAAUAUUAGUACUUGUAAAGGAGCUCGUUUUUAUAAUUGUCCAACAUUAAAAACUCUUUCAAUAAAGGAAGCAGAAGUUGUUAUUUUAGUAAAUUUACCAUUAUUACAAUCAAUUUCAUUACCAAAAUCUUUAAAAAAUAUUGUUAUUAAUAAUUGUCCAAAUAUUAUUAAUAUCCCUUUACCUUUUACUUCUUCAUUGACUGUAGAUUAUAAUGGCUCUUUUAAAGCAUCAGAGCAAAUUCAAAUAAGAAGAGUUAAUGAACAUGAAAUUACAGUUGAUUCUUAUUGUGUUCAAUUAGAAGAUAUUUCAAAUUCAAAAGUUAUUCUUGGAAAGAAUGUUCAUGUAAUUAUUGGCGUAGGUCUUAACAAUGUAUCAUUUAUUAAUCUUGAAGAAAGUAAUGUUCAAUCUUUUGAUUUAAGUAUGUCAAAUAAUAUGAGUCUUACAUUCCCACAAUCCCUUACAUUAAUUAAUAUUAUUGGCUGUCAGUCUGUUCUUUGUACUAAUAUUUCUUCUUGUCUUCUUGUACCUGAACGAAUUAGAAAAGAUUAUUCUUCAAAUAAAUAUGAAGAAAUUCCAAAAGAUAAAUGUGUUAUUUGUUAG